UGUUCUUCGCAAAGCACGCAGCCGCGGUGCAACCUUGGACCGCCGGAUGCGCGGGCGGCAGCUGAACACCGGUCUGUCAACGUGUGGGGACACGAAAGCGCACCGGUUGAGGCCGACGUCGAGUUCCACGUUUCUCGCAGCAUUGCCGUAAUGGCGCUCCGGUACUUCCACGCGGCCGACUACUUUGUGCUGGUGGUUGUGCUGGGCAUCUCGUCGUUCAUAGGCGUGUACUUCGCCUGGAAAGACCGCCGCAGCACCAACAAAAAGGAUUUCUUCGGGGGAAGUAAGCAGCUACAGAUGUGUCCGGUGGCAAUGUCCAUGAUAGCCAGUUUCAUGUCGGCGAUCGCCAUCUUGGGCAUACCGGCAGAAAACUUCCUCAAUGGCUCCCAGUUCAUGGUCAGCUUCAUCAGCAUCAUCAUCGCCAGCGUUCUGGCAGCUCACGUGUUUAUGCCCGUGUUCUACGAUAUGGAUAUGAUCAGUGUGAACCAGUACCUGGAGAAGCGGUUCAAUUCUAUGGUGAUCCGAAAGUUUGCUUCCGCCUUGAUUGUGAUAGAAAUGUGUUUCUUCAUGGGAGUAGUGCUAUACGGCCCGUCACUUGCACUUGGCUCGGUGACGGGCCUUCCAGUGUGGCUCUCCAUUGUGCUGAACGGAAGUGUUUGUGCCUUUUACACAACACUAGGAGGCAUCAAAGCCGUCGUUUGGACUGACGUCAUGCAGAUUCUGCUGAUGAUUUUUGGACUCCUCAUUGUCUCCGUCAAGGGCUUCAUUUUGACUGGUGGGCCUAAUGAAGUUUUCAACACUGUCAGAAAACACGGACUACUUGAGUUUUUUGACAUGAGCUUGGACUUUCAGAAGACGUUCACCUUCUGGAGCGUCGUGUUUGGGACCGGGAUCAAUUGGAUGACAGGAUUCUGCACCAACCAGGUCAUGGUCCAACGCUACUGCAGCCUCAGCUCGACUCGCAAGGCACGCACGGCGCUAUACAUCAAUAUGGUCGGAAUCAUAGCAAUAUUGACGACUUCCUCGCUAUGUGGCCUGCUCCUCUUCGCACUCUAUCAUCACUGUGACCCGGUCAAGGCCUCCAUAAUUAGCAAGUACGACCAGUUGAUGCCGUACUUUGUGAUGGACACGUUGGGCCAUCUGCCUGGGAUCACUGGACUUUUUGUCACAGCCGUUUAUAGUGGAUCGCUCAGCACUUUGUCGUCUGGCUACAACGCCCUGGCCGCCAUCACGUGGGAAGAUUUCCUAAAACCCGUGGUGAAGCUCUCUCCGACAGGUGUUAUGUGGGCAAUGAAGGCGAUAGCUGCCGGUUUCGGUCUCAUCGCGGUGGCCAUUGCAUUUCUCUCGGGAGGCUUGCCUUCUAUCUUAUCGGCCGCUUUCGUCACGACAGGAUCAAUAAAAGGUGCCACUUGCGCAGUAUUCUUUCUUGGCCUCCUGUGCCCCUGGUGCGGAAGCACAACCGCCCUGCUAUCCAUGUUUACGGGCUUGGCGAUGGCCUUGUGGGUGGCUGUCGGACGCCUGCUGUACCCCGCCAGGCCCACUGCUGCCCGCACUACUCUAGGGGCGUGCACCUUGAACUACACCGUCCGUGUGCCUCCACAGCGGACUUACUACUCGGGGGGCAUAUACGACCUGUACAACGUGUCGUAUAUGUGGAUUCCGGUCAUAAGCUUUUUCGUCACGCUCGUGAUAGCCAUUUUCUUCACGAUUAUUUGCGGCUUCAAGAAGUCCGCCGACGUAGAUCCAAGCUUCAUAGCACCGUGCAUGAGGAAAAUCUACCUGAAGACUAAGACCCAGGAGAAACAACAGCCAGCCAGAGAACCGAAACAUCUGCCGUUGAAGCCGGAGGAGAAACCCUAUGACAGACCACAGGAGUUCAGCGUGAUCACGAGUAAUGGGACCGGUUACGUGAACAACGCUAUGACCGAUGACGACGCCAUGAAGCGGACCGUAAUUUAGGCGUAGAACCUAUCCCAAUAUGCCACAAUUGCGAGUAUUAGCGCGGCUGGUAUACAAGAAUUUAUGAGCCUUCAAUUGUCUAUGCAAAGAACUGUCACUAUAUUGUAGAUAAAUAUGUAGUAUAUACAAGAAUGCGCCCAUUAUCGCCAUGAAGGCUAACAUGGUCAUGAAAAAUAAGCGAGAAAUUGAUCUGUCGUCGCUUCAGGCCAAGUAUUUCGAACAUGCAAUUCAUCGCCAUUUUGUCACGGCUCGACGGACCAUGUGAUGUUGCCAUUAAAGGCGUCAGUUUCCUCCCAUAUUAUUUUGCAGUUUAAUCUCAAAUUAGAAACCCAAACACCAAGAGCAUCACGCUGGUUUUGUCCGAAUAUAUGUAUUUUAUUGUCUGUUUUUCAUUGCCCACAGUUGUCCUUUAAAUGUUUUAUUGACUGCUUUAUGUACAUAAUAUGGGAAUUACUGGAAAUACGUAUGCCGCCGGACUCUCACGACAAUAAAUUGUUGAAUGAAUGAAAGAA